AUGUCCCCAACUCCAGCACCAAACUCCAACCCAAAGCAAGCUCCAAACCAUACCAUCAUAACCCUCAAAUCCGGCACCAUAGCGCACACAUGGACACCCGAUACCCCACCCAUCGCAACCAUAGUCCUCCAGCAUGGCUACGCUGAAUACGCAUCCCGGUACCUGCAUUCGCACCAUAACCUCAUCACACACUUCCUCGCCGCCGGAUACUCCGUCUAUGCCAUGGAUAUCUGGGGCCACGGUUCUUCCCCCGGUACCGUUCGCGCAGUAGCGCAUGUGGGCAAGGCAGUGAACGAUCACCUUGAACUACGCGACCACGCCGUGAAGCUGGGCAAACCGGUGAUACUAUUUGGACAUUCACUCGGCGGCCUCAUCACUGCCGGGAGUGUGACACAGAAUGCAAAUCAUAUCAAGGGUGUGAUUCUCACCGGUCCCGCAUUUCCGGGUCCUUUUCCCUAUGCAGCCAGAGUAGCAGUAGGCGUAGCAGCGCGCACGAUGCCAACGGUUUCUAUACCGGGUCGCCACGUCGAUAUCUCAGGUCUUACGCGAUGUCGACCUGAGAUUGAAAAAUACUUCUCUGAUCCGCUUUUCUCGAAAAAGACGAUUUGUUUCUUGACUGCUGCUACGGCUGUGGAUGUUACGGAUGCUGUUAUGGGGAGCUUGGAGCAGUGGACUGUACCGACGAUGGUGUUGCAUGGUGAUGCGGAUACGUAUUGUGACUGGAGGGGUAGUGAGGGGUUUGUGGAGAGGAUAAGGAGUGAGGAUAAGGAGUUUGGUGUUUAUCCAGGGGGAAGGCAUGAGUUGUUGCAUGAUGAGUGCGGGGAUGAAGUUUUGGAGAAGGUGUUGAGGUGGACGAAGGGACAUAUUUAG